CCCGACUCCUGAAUGGGAGGAAAGGACCUAGAGGACACAGAUUUCUUGAUGUCCUAAGGCCUACCAGGGCUAAAGGGCGAGGGAGUGACCCGGGCUUCGGAGUUACCCCUGUAAAGAAUUUUCUUUCGUUUUGUUGCCACAGCCUCUCGAGGGAAUUAGCAUCCCUCUUUAAAGAUGCGGAGGCCCCAGGAGAGGAAGUGUGACUUGCACCAGGUCACACAGUAAACCGUACAACUGGAAGAGGAGUCGAGAUCAUCAGUCCCAUACCCUCACUUUGCAGAUGGGGAAACUGAGGUCCAGAUAGGGAAGUGCCAUGAAAAGAGAGAGCUCCUGGAUCUCCAGUCUCCCCUGAGGGGUGGAGGAUUAUUAGGCACCCUCUGCUACCUACUUUCUACUUGACAAUGGACCAAGAUGAUCCUGGAGAAGCCAUGACAGAACUACAAGGGCGUUCCAUUGGAGGUUUGGGUGUAAUGCAGUUGGCAGUUGGUGCUGGCUUAUUUGUCUAUGCCGUAUGGGCAGGGUUCCUCAUGCCUGGUUUCCGAAAAGUACCCCUGAAGCUUCAGGUGCCUUAUGUUCCAGCAAGUAAGCGGCAGGUACAGAAUGUGCUGAAUCUUCUCCAGGGUCGCUCUGGAAAGAUAGUGGACUUGGGCUCUGGUGAUGGCAGGAUUGUUUUGGCAGCAUACCGACGAGGAUUCUAUCCUGCUGUGGGUUAUGAACUGAAUCCCUGGCUUCUACGGCUUUCCCGGCUCCAUGCCUGGCGGGCUGGUUGUGCUCAAAGGGUUUGCUACCUAAAAGAGGAUCUCUGGAAGGUGAAUCUGGCUGAUUGCAGCAAUAUCACAGUGUUCCUGGCUCCCAGUGUGCUCUCUCUCCUGGAGACCAAACUACUAGCAGAAUUGCCCAAUGAGGCCCGAGUGAUAUCUGGUCGAUUCCCUUUUCCCAAUUGGGAGCCAACAGCUACAGUUGGUGAGGGCCUGGACAAGGUUUGGGCUUAUGAUGUUGGACGCGUCCGGCAAACUAUGGCUGAGAGGGCUGCAGCCUUCGAACAGGGAACACCUGUCUAGGUUUUGAGGAGGUACAGCUCUCUUCAUGGGAGGGAUACUCUACCUUCUAUAUAAGAGCAACCCGGCUAGCCCUCAUCCUCGCCAAGGAUUUCAUCUUCCUUAACUACAAAGAACCAGGAUGUGCUGCUCCUAGUCACUAUAUGUGGGGCUCAAACAGAUGAUAAGAGCCAACACUGAGGGAAGUUCAGGACUAUUUCUGAAGAUUUUCACUGGCGGUCUAGGUCAAGAACUGAAACUUGUUUCUUGUGGUUCACAUUUGAACACAAUAAAAGUUGGUUUUGUCUA